UAUUACAUUUGCCAUAUUUCGGGUGCACAACGACAUGCCCACGCGAUCAUCCUGAUCUUCUUCUUCUUCUCCGACUUGACGAACACAUACAGUCCCUACUGCAAAGAAUCCAUACCAUCCAGCGACACACAACACUCAACAUGGCAGAAGCACCCGCAUAUCCUCCUGCCAUGCGCAAGAAAGUGCUCAAGGUCCUGGUCAUAUCAUUAAUUCUCGAUCUGAUCUCCUUCACCUUCAUCCUCCCGCUCUUCCCCAAACUCCUCGAGUUUUACCGCAACACCGAAGCGGAAUCCGGCCAUACGGUCCUUUCCAACGUCCUCUACGGCCUCAACACGUACAAAAACUCAUUUGCCAAGCCCAUCAACGACCGCUACGACAUUGUCCUGCUGGGCGGCGCUCUGGGCUCCCUCUUCUCCUUCUGCCAGGCCAUUGCGUCUCCCAUCAUCGGCACUCUUUCCGAUCGCUAUGGCCGCCGCACCGCUCUCAUGUGGUCCAUGUGCGGAAACAUCGCCUCGGUGGCAUUGUGGUGCGCUGCCACCGACUUCCGAACUUUCCUCGCUAGCCGUGUUGUAGGAGGCCUCUCUGAAGGCAACGUGCAACUCGCCAUGGCCAUCGCGACCGACAUCUCCUCGGAUGCCGAUCGCGGAAAGACCAUGGCUCUUGUUGGCGUAUGCUUCUCUGUAGCAUUUACAUUUGGACCUGCUUUGGGUGCUUUCCUCGCGAACAUCACGACCGUCGCCGCCAAUCCCUUCGCCACCGCUGCAGGAGUCUCUCUCGCGUUGAUCGUGACAGAGACAAUCUACCUCUACUUCGCUCUCCCAGAAACCCACACGAACCGCCGCACCACACACAUCGGAACCGCAGCGAAAUCUCACCCAGUCGUCAAGGGUCAAAGGACGAACUCCCAUCUCAUCCUGAACCUCACGCACUUCACCUUUAUCCUCUUCUUCUCCGGCAUGGAAUUCUCCCUCCCGUUCAUGACCUACGAUCUCUUCUCUUACGGCUCCAAGGACACCGGAAAACUGCUCGGCUACAUUGGUCUGGUCGCAUCUCUCCUGCAAGGUGGAGUCACUCGCCGCAUGCAUCCUCUCCGCGUGGUGCAGCUUGGUGUUGCGUCGGCCGCUGUGGCGUUCUUCGUGCUUUCCAAUACCAACACCGAACGCAUGCUCUACGUCGCCGCUACACUACUAGCUGUGACAAGCAGCACCGUCGUCACGGGCCUCAACAGUCUGUCCUCUUUCGAAGCGUCUUCCGAUGAAAGAGGCGAGAAAUUGGGCAACCACCGAUCUUUUGGCCAGGUGGGACGAGCUUUGGGACCACUCAUUUUCUGUACGCUUUACUGGUGGGCUGGCCGUGACGCAGCAUAUAUCAUCGGAGGUUCAGGCAUGGUCGCUGUGUGUGGACUGGUAUUUGGCGGUCUGAAAGCACCAAAGGGUCUGGAGGGAAAGAAAAUCGCCGAGGUAGAGAAGGUGGUGGAGGAGAAGGCGAAUGGCAAGGCUGUCAAGGUUGGUUAG